GUGAUACCCCUGUACUGAGCCCCAGAUGGGAUGGGGCAAAAAGGACUGCCCCCCAGAACCCGCCUCCCUUGGCCCUUGGGUGCCUAUAUACUUCAGUAAAGACAAUACAGGUGAAGGCUUUCCUGAAUAAGAAGCCCCGCCCCCUGCAUUCCUAUUGGACAGAGGGUCGGGCUAUUGUUAGGCAGAAGGGGGGGAGUGUGACCUGUUGGUGAUCAUUCUGGAUUUAUAUCAUCAGAUCCAAUUGCUCCCGAUUUCCUUCCUUUGCCUCCACCUGAGAGAGAGAGACAGAUUUACAGAUUCCAUGGAAACCCCAACAGAUCCGGAGGCCAUUCCGCACGCGGCGCCCAAAUACCCCACCCUCGGGCGGAUCUUCUCUCACACCUUGCGGAUUUUGUUGCUUUCCUCCAUCGCCGCCGCUUACGUUCUAGGCUACCAGACCCUUUGCCACCAAGGCCUCCUCAUCUCCUUUGGGCUCUAUGGGGCGGCCAUGUUCCUACACCUGCUCGUGCAGGGCACCAUCGCCAACCUGGAGAGACGCCGGAUUGAGAGGAGAGUCCGCGACUGCAGCUUUAAGAAGACGGUGGCCCUGACCAUCGCUGGGUAUCGGGAGAACCCCGACUGCCUGAGGCAGUGCUUGGACUCCUGCAGGUCUAUGAAGUACCCCAAGGAGAAGCUCAAGGUCAUCUUGGUCAUCGAUGGGAACAACAAGGAAGACGCCUACAUGAUGGACAUCUUCAAGGAAGUCUUCCAUUGGGAAGAUGUGGGCACCUACGUCUGGCAGGGGAACUACCACCCCGGGGAAGGAUCAGAGGGCUCCUCGCCUGAGAUCCCCACUUUCCCAGAGGAAGAUAAAGGAAUCAAAAUGGUGGAGGAACUGGUCAGAACCAAGCGAUGUGUGUGCAUCAUGCAGCAGUGGGGCGGCAAACGGGAGGCCAUGUACACGGCAUUCCGGGCCAUCGGGACCUCUGUGGACUACGUACAGGUCUGUCACUCGGACACCAAACUGGACAAAAUGGCGACGGCAGAACUGGUGAAGGUCCUGGAAGACGACGAAAAGAACGGCGCGGUGGGAGGAGACGUUGGCGUUCUGAACCCUUACGACUCCUUCAUCAGUUUCAUGAGCAGCCUGCGUUACUGGGUGGCCUGUAACCUGGAGACGGCCUGCCAGUCGUACUUUGGCAGCGUGACCCACAUCCCGGGGUCUCUGGGAAUGUUCCGGAACGAUGUUCUCCAGGUGGUUCUGGAGUUCUGGUACAACAAGACGUUUUUGGGAAGCAGCUGCCCAAUCAGCGACGGCCGAUAUCUGACCAACCGGGUCCUCAGCAUGGGAUAUCGUACCAAAUACACCCACAGAUCGCGGGGAUACGCCCCAUCGCAAUAUCUCACAUGGUUAAACCAACAAACGCGCCGGGCCAGGUCCUAUUUUCGCGUGUGGCUCUGCAACGCCCAGUGGUGGCACAAGCACCCCGUCUGGAUGACCUACCAAUCGGUGGUGGACAUCUUCUUCCCCUUCUUCGUAACGGCUGUUUGGAUUCGCCUCGUCUAUUCCGGCAGCCUGUCUAACGUUGUGUGGCUCCUCCUCGGCAUCCAGAGCGCGUCUCUCCUCCUAUCCCUGUACGUCUCCUGGCAAAGCAAGAAGUUCAGCAUGGUCUUGCUGUCUCUUUAUUCUCUGCUGUACGUCAUUUAUCUGCUGCCGUGCCAGUUGUUCGCCCUGUUGACCGUAGCCAAGACCAGUUGGGGGCGCCAGAAAGUGGUCAACAGUUCCAUUCCUCUACUUCCUCUGUCCAUAUGGGUGGCUGUUUUGAUUGGCGGGGUGGGUUAUGGCCUCUAUAGAGACUGCAGGAAGGACGGGAGCAACCCUGAAGAGCUGUACCAUGUACUGUACGGGUGUGCGGCCUACGUGGCCUACUGGGCCAUCAUGGCCGCCAUAUACGGCUUCUCAGUGAGUUGUUGCAAGAACAGACCCCAGGCUUUCGCUCAAGUGCGUGAUGAUUUGCCGGCUUCCCUUCUUGUUUGAACCUUCAGACUUUCUUCUCACAUUGAGAAUCCACGGGAUACUGCUUCCUAUUUGGAAAGUGAGUGCGAGCGCUUUGGUAAAUCCACCCUUCCCCCUGGCAAAAACAACCAUGUUGAUUGGUUCCUACCAUUCCUAACAUGUUUGGGCUCCUACCAAUAACCAUGUUCAUAGGUUCCUACAAUGUUUGGGUUCCUACCAACAACCAUGUUCAUAGGUUCCUACCAUUCCUACCAUGUUUGGGUUCCUACCAAUAACCAUGUUAAUAGGUUCCUACCAUGUUUGGGUUCCUACCAACAACCAUGUUGAUUGGUUCCUACCAUUCCUACCAUGUUUGGGUUCCUACCAAGAACCAUGUUAAUAGGUUCCUACCAUGUUUGGGUUCCUACCAAGAACCAUGUUCAUAGGUACCUACAAUGUUUUGGUUCCUACCAACAGCCAUAUUGAUAGGUUCCUACCAUGUUUGGGUUCCUACCAACAGCCAUAUUGAUAGGUUCCUACCAUGUUUUGGUUCCUACCAACAGCCAUAUUGAUAGGUUCCUACCAUGUUUUGGUUCCUACUAACAGCCAUAUUGAUAGGUUCCCACCAUGUUUGGGUUCCUACCAACAGCCAUAUUGAUAGGUUCCCACCAUGGUUUGGUUCCUACCAACAACCAGUUGAUAGGUUCCUACCAUGUUUUGGUUCCUCCCAACAG